GCUGAUUCAUGGAGGGCAGCUGUUAAAUGGCUUGGCGGGGCCAACUGUGAUGAACGCAGCACCGUUUCUUUCCACGACGUGGUUUUCUCCAGAUGAACGUGCCACAGCAACAGCCAUUGCGUCACUGCUCAAUUACCUGGGUGCUGCUGGUGCGUUUUUAGUGGGACCUCUUGUAGUGCCAUCUCCUAAUGGAACGUCUCACCUCCCACUGCUAUCACAGAGCAACACAGAGCACAUCAAGGACCGCAUUGAGGCUGUGCUGUAUGCAGAAUUUGGAAUGGUUUCCCUGAUAUUUUCUGCAGCAUUGGCCUACUUCCCCUCGCGCCCUCCAUUCCCUCCCAGCGUGGCUGCGGCAAGUCAACGGCUCAGCUACAGGAGAAGUUUUUGCAGACUCUUAAGCAAUUUCCGGUUCUUGAUGAUUGCUUUAGCCUAUGCUAUACCACUGGGUGUUUUCUCUGGCUGGUCUGGUGUUCUCGAUUUGAUAUUAACACCAGUUCACGUAAGCCAAGUAGAUGCAGGAUGGAUUGGAUUUUGGUCUAUAGUUGGAGGUUGUGUUGUAGGCAUAGCAAUGGCAAGAUUUGCAGAUUUUAUCAGGGGUAUGCUGAAGUUUAUACUGCUGCUGCUUUUAUCUGGAGCAACAUUAGCAUCAACCUGGUUCACUCUCACCUGUCUAACUAGUGUCACUCAUCUGCCUUUAACCACAG